CGCUUGGGAAGCGAAACUCGGGCGAUGCCUUGACUCCUUGAGAAGCUGGUAGCCAUCGGAAAAGUUUUUGCUUCGAAUACGACAAAUACGGGUUGCAUGCGCAAUCUUUGCCUCUCGGCCCUCCAGUCCCUGAGUUUGCUUGAGACCCUGAUUGACGCUGAUCGACAUGCGGUUAGAGGCGGAAGGCGACGAUCAAGCCCCAUCUGAUGGCUGAUGAUGCGUCAUACCUCACAGAGGCUCAACAACACUGACGAUGGCCACAUGUGGAAUCAUCAGGCUGAAAAUGCAAUCGACUCAUCAUUACUCGUGGAGGCGCUCAGCACACGAAGCCAUGACACCAAGUGCUACUCGCGGGCUAUACAGCCCAGAAGGUGUACACUAGAAGUUGGAUGUCGGAGUCACCGGGCUUGUUGCGAAUGGGUUAUCGUGAGCAAGAAGAAAACAACACAUUCGGCAGCGGCUGCAAUGCCAACCUCGGCGUCGCAAGGGAAUCUUGGAGAUGGUGGGAUGGGUUCAGUUUUUCGACAAGCCACCGACCAAACGAGAAGAGAGUCAAGACUUUCAGGCCUCGAUCACCAACGAUCUCCCUCAAGGAUCACCUACUUUCACAUGCGAACCCUCCCAGGGCAAAUCAAAUCUUUGUCCAACUCUCUGGAGGAAUCGUUGGGGUUGAGUAGCACUAAACCACAAAUUAAUGGUUGCAACAGGGGAACUAGGAAAUUAAAGGUGGUUGCUCCAGGGUUUCUCCGCGUGGCUUAUGACGUGCAGCCGUGUUACCGCACCACACACCGGCGCAACCACCCAUCUCCCCUUGUACCGAGGUUCUCAAGGUUCCAGUCCCGACGCGAGAUUUGCUUCACACCAUCGCGACAAUCGCCUGAACGCGUCUGGUGUCUCUUCCAUUUGAUGGCCGCUCCUGACCGAGAUCAUCACGAUGCGAUGCGACAUGUCAAGCCCAAAGUUGCCAAGGUCCUCAACAGGUGUGGUAACACCAGCACGACGUACCAAUCUCCGACUAGAAUUCCAGUCGGCUAUCCCUCUCAUUUAUAUGCCUGUGAAAUUUUUGGAAGCUACAUUACUACGAAAUGUUUGCAUCAACGAUAUCGCACACGAAGUAGCAUCAUCGAGCAAGACAUUAUACAUAGGUAGGUAGGUACCUAAAGAUACACCGAUCUAAAUUCGGUUUGUGGUAUUAGGCACGAUACACUGGGUAUCACCUACUUUUACUCGAGCGACACCAAC